GCCACCCAAGAGAUGGACCCCCAGGGAGCCCAGGAGAGGCAGCAGCAGCAGGGUGUCGUCCCCUUCCUGGGCACGUUCCUCAAUCACCUGAAACUGCUGGACAUUGGGAUGGAGGAUGAUCUACAAAAAUACAAAGUCAUUAGGAAGAUCCAGCUGCUCCAGCAGGCUGCAAGUGAAUAUGACCUGAAUCCCGAGGAGCGAUUUGGGGCCUGGUUCCAGGCGAUGGAGCCCCUCAGUGUUGAUGAGAGCUACUGCCUCUCCUGCCGGCUGGAGCCCACACACCAGAAGACGAGCAAAAUGCGGCUCUUCAGGAGAAAGAGGAACCGGACAUCCUCCAGUUCAGGGCCGAUCUGUUUCUUCUCUUCAGCCACCGUGCCCUUGGCAAGGAGCCAUAACCCUCUGGAGACCACAAGUGCAGCUCCUCCUGAGCAGCAGGGCCACUGGGACCCUCGGGGUGCACCGGGUCAGCUCUUCCCCCCCCACCCCAAGUGAAGGAGGACAUCUGAAGACUUUCCCUGGUUUCCCCUAAAGCCCCAGGCGGAGGGCACGACCCCCCUCCAAAUCCCUGACAUCUGCACCCCAGGGACUGUUUAUCCAUUGAGGAGGAGCAUUAGUAUAUGUUUAAGAGUAAAUAUCAGAUUUGAA